UUAAACAGGGCGGUCGCCCAACUUCAGCUGUGUGCUGGACUUCAUCCAUCUGUUCAUUGCCCAGAGUACCUUCCUGGCGAAGAUGAAGUUGACUUCUAUCCUGUUGGGCCUCUUUGCUUCUGGGGUGGCCGUUGCUCAGAAGGCCUGUCCAGGCUACCGUGCGACCAACGUCCAGCAGACUGCGAAUGGUUUGACAGCCGAUCUCAACCUCGCCGGGCCCGCCUGUAAUAUCUAUGGCACUGACUUACGCAAUCUAACCCUCACUGUGGAGUAUCAAUCUGCUACGAGGCUUCAUGUCAUCAUCGAGGACCAGAACCAGACUGUCUAUCAGGUUCCACAGUCGGUUCUUCCUCGUCCCAAUGUCACAGAGGGUUCUACAGCCUCCAAUGCUGAGCUUGUGUUUGACUACACGGAAAACCCUUUCAGCUUCUCUGUCUCUCGGUCUUCGGGAGAGGUCCUGUUCAAUACGUCUGGGUCACCCAUCAUUUUCGAGUCUCAAUAUCUCAGACUCCGGACGUCGUUGCCCAGCCACCCAAAUCUGUACGGGCUUGGUGAACACUCGGAUCACUUCAGAUUGAACACUUCCAAUUACACAAGGACCUUGUGGUCCCGUGAUGCUUAUGGCAUCCCCCAGGGCACCAACUUGUACGGGAAUCAUCCAGUAUACCUUGAUCACCGAGGAUCCAAUGGCACACAUGGGGUGCUGUUCUUGAACUCCAACGGUAUGGAUAUCAAGAUUAACGACACCGCUGGCCAAUACCUCGAAUAUAACACUCUUGGGGGUGUUCUGGACUUCUACUUCCUUGCUGGACCCUCCCCAAUUGAAGUCUCUCAGCAAAUCUCCGAGGUCGUUGGGAAACCAGCGAUGAUGGCGUAUUGGACCUUCGGAUUCCACCAGUGCAGAUAUGGCUACAGAGACGUUUGGGACGUGGCCGAAGUUGUGCACAACUAUAGUGCAGCCAACAUUCCCUUGGAGACCAUGUGGACGGACAUUGACUACAUGGAUGCCCGCAAGGUCUUCACAUUGGAUCCACAACGCUUCCCCCUGCACAAGAUGCGCGAGUUGGUAGCUUAUCUUCACGCCCACCAGCAACAUUAUAUCAUGAUGGUCGAUCCGGCAGUCGCAUAUCAGAACUACUCGGCGUUCAACAACGGCAACAGUUCGGAUGUCUUCAUGAAGCGGACUGACGGGUCAGUGUUCGAGGGCGUCGUCUGGCCUGGCCCAACCGUGUUCCCGGAUUGGUUCCAUCCAGAUACCCAAGACUAUUGGAAUGGCGAGUUUGCGUCCUUCUUCAGCCCCGAGACUGGGGUGGAUAUUUCCGGACUUUGGAUUGACAUGAAUGAAGCCUCAAACUUUUGCAACUAUCCAUGUUCGAACCCGAGCGCAUUUGCCAAAGAAAACGGGUUCCCACCAAAACCGGCGGCGCUGCGAAAUGGUCCGGCUAUUGCCCUACCGGGGUUCCCAGCGGAUUUCCAACCACCAUCAAACUCCAAACGACAAGCACCGACUACAGGCAAUAUGCUAGGUCUUCCAGGCAGAAAGCUCAUCAAUCCUCCUUACAUGAUCCAAAAUGCAGCUGGUAGCCUGUCGAACAAGACACUGAACACCGACCUUGUCCACUACAACGGGCUUGUUGAAUACGACACUCACAACAUGUACGGAACUAUGAUGUCGUCGACUUCACGCAACGCACUUCUCAACCGACGUCCUGGCGAGCGGCCGCUCGUUAUUACUCGCAGCACCUUCCUUGGAGCCGGUGCCCAUGUUGGCCAUUGGACAGGGGACAACCGUGCUGACUGGAGCCAGUACGAGAUCAGUAUCUCGGACAUGUUGAACUUUGCUUCCAUCUUCCAGCUGCCAAUGGUUGGCAGUGAUAUUUGCGGUUACUCUGGAAACUCUACCGAAACACUCUGUGCGCGUUGGAUGAUGUUGGGGGCUUUCCAGACGUUCUACCGGAAUCACAAUGAGCUCGGAGACCGGCCUCAAGAAGCAUACCGUUGGCCGCUUACAGCCCAAGCGUCGAGGAACGCCAUUGACAUUCGCUACCGUGCUCUGGACUAUCUGUAUACUGCUUUCUGGACCCAGACACAAACGGGAACGCCUGUGUUGAACCCGAUGUUCUAUCUCUAUCCCGAAGACGCAAAGACUUUUGGCAUCGAUGCCCAGUUCUUCUUCGGAAAUUCACUGCUGGUGUCUCCCGUCACGGCUGAGAAUAAAACGACCGUACGCAUUUAUCUACCUGACGAUAUAUUCUACGACUGGAACCACGGAUUUAGUCCGGUGCGAGGAAACGGCUCGGUGGUCACCUUGAACAAUGUCAACUUUACAACCAUCCCACUUCAUGUUCGUGGCGGUGCAAUCCUCCCUCUCCGAGUGGAGAGUGCAAACACUACAGCACAGUUGCGUACGAAAGGGUUUCAUCUCUUGAUUGCACCUGGCACGGAUGGGGCGGCUAAGGGUUCCCUCUACAUCGACGAUGGGCUCAUGAUCGAUCAACCUAGCACAACACAUAUCAACUUUACGUACACCAACGGAGCUUUCUCGAUGUCGGGCGACUACAGUUAUCCAGCCAAUGUUAGUAUCGAGCGGAUCACAGUUUGCAACGUUAGAUCAGCGCCACAAACCCUCAGCAUCCCUGGUGCGCAGAAUUCGACCUUCUCCUAUGACAAUGCAACGAUGGCCGUCACGAUCGAUACGAACAUCCCCUUGACCCAGGAUGCUAGCUUCCAGCUACCGGCAGCACAGACUUAGUUUCACGAGAGGGAUCAUAUGAGGGUGAGGCCGGGGUGACAGAUUGGGGUGGGCAGUGUGCACCCUUUGCGGACGAGGCUGACUUCCCCUUUUGGGCCACACAACGUAGUCGUCAUAUCUUGCUAGGUUUGACCUUCACUCCUUUCCAUUUAUAUAUCUCCUACUCAGAUGGGUUUGUGUGAACGUCUUGUCGGUCGCAGCACGCUGGUCGACUAGUCUGGCUUGCCGGAACAAACCCCUGCGGCCGAGAAGAAGCGGUGAGCCACAUUGACACCGUGCUUCUCCUGUAAGCUGGCUGCCGAGUGUCGGAGUCGACCUUGAUAGUGCCUAUCGGGCCGUUGACAUGGUGACAACCUUGUUUCGACAACGGCCUCGACAUCUGCGUCCAUGGACGUGCGUAUAUAC